AUGUCAAUACCAUCAGGAGCAGUAGCAGGUAUUGUAAUUGGUGUUAUUGUAUUACUUUUAUUAUGGAUUUUAUAUGUAUCAAUCUAUGUAGUUCAACAGUCAGAAGGUAUUGUUAUUGAAAGAUUAGGUCGUUUUCAUAGAGUAUUGGAUUCUGGUAUAAACUUUGUAAUGCCAUUCAUAGAUCAACCUAGAAAUUUUACAUGGCGUAAAACUUAUAUAACUACAAGUGGUACAAUUACAGAUGAAGUAAAAGCAUCAACUAGAAUUGAUUUAAGAGAAUCAGUAUUUAAUUUUUUAAAACAAGAAGUUUAUACAAAAGAUACAGUAUUAUUAGAUGUACAUGCAAUUAUGUUUUAUAAGAUAUUCGAUAUAAAGAAAGCUAUUUAUGAAGUUGAAGAUCUUCAAGGUGCAUUAUCAAAUACAUCACAAACUCAAAUUAAAGAAGUAUUUGGUAAUAUGACAUUUUCACAAGCAUUGGAAUCACAAACUCAAAUCAAUGAUCAUUUAGGUGCAGAAUUUAGUAAACUAUUUAGUGGUUGGGGUGUUGUAGUUGAACGUAUGGAGUUAUUGGAUUUAUCUCCAAAAGCAGUGAUAAGUGAAGCAAUGAAGAAACAAAUGGUUGCUGAGAGAAAGAGACGUGGUGAUUUCAUUAAAUCUGAAGGUGAUAAAUGUGCUCAACUUUUAUUAGCUGAUGGAAAGAAAACAGAGUUAAUUAACUUGGGUAUUGCUGAACAAGAAUCAACUAGAAAAAUAUCUGAAGGUGCUGCUGAGGCAACUGUUGAAUUGGCUCAAGCUGAAUCGGCUUCCCUUGAAUAUAUGCAAAAUGUUUUACAUGAAGAAGGUGGUGAAAAUGCUCAAAUUAACUAUAUGAUCUCUUUAAAAUAUUUAGAUACUUUAGAAUCUAGAAAAUCAAUUAAAUUCUUACAUGUACCUUUUAAAAUUGAUGGCAUUCAAUCAAUUUUAGAUGAUUUCACUUCACCAUAUCAAAAUUUAAUUCAAAAUAUAAAUAAUAAUAAUUUUAAUAUAAAUAAUAAUAAUAAUAAUAAUAAUGUAAAUAAUAAUAAUAAUUUUAAUAAGAAUAAUAAUUUUUCAAGUGGUAGUAAUCAACAAACUAUAAUUUCAAAAAGAACAGAAAAAAAAGAUUUUUCUGAACUUGACUAA